CGAUGUUUCAUUCGGUACUAAAUAUCCUUGCAAGUAUGGAGUCAAUGCAAAGUAAAAUGCCAUUGGCCCCACUAGGUGAUCCAUUCGGUCUGACUCCGGAAGAUGUCAACAUCACUCCAUCACCGGAACAGCCUCCGAAACCGAUGGCUGGCAAAUGCUUUGACGACAGCGAUGCACAUGACGAUUCGACGGACACGUUGGCUGAAAUCGACAUUGGUGAAGUCCGCAAAUGCGGCGAAAAAGCCGACGCCAGGCAGUUCGAAUUGCUCAAGGUACUUGGUCAAGGUUCAUUUGGCAAAGUGUUUUUGGUCCGAAAAAUACGAGGACGUGACACCGGACAGAUAUACGCAAUGAAGGUGUUGAAAAAAGCAACGCUCAAAGUUCGUGAUCGUCUACGUACGAAAAUGGAACGAAACAUACUUGCCCACAUUUCACAUCCAUUUAUCGUCAAACUUCACUACGCCUUUCAAACUGAGGGCAAGCUGUACUUGAUAUUGGACUUUUUACGAGGUGGAGAUCUGUUCACACGACUAUCUAAAGAGGUGAUGUUCACCGAGGAUGAUGUUAAAUUCUACUUAGCUGAACUUACUCUUGCCCUCGAGCAUCUACAUUCCCUUGGAAUAGUGUACAGAGACUUGAAACCAGAAAACAUUCUAUUAGAUGCCGAUGGCCACAUUAAAGUCACCGAUUUUGGUCUCAGUAAGGAAUCAAUCGAUAAUGAGAAGAAAACCUACAGUUUUUGUGGUACCAUCGAGUACAUGGCUCCAGAAGUGAUUAAUCGACGCGGACAUUCGUGUGCUGCUGAUUUUUGGUCGUUAGGCGUUCUAAUGUUCGAGAUGCUUACCGGACAUUUACCCUUCCAAGGACAUGACCGAAAGGACACCAUGACGCAAAUUCUAAAAGCCAAACUCACCAUGCCACAAUUUUUGUCCCCUGAAGCUCAAUCGCUCCUUCGAGCGCUUUUCAAACGUAAUGCUGUAAAUCGACUUGGCGCUGGGCCAGAUGGCAUUGAGGAAAUCAAACGACAUCCAUUCUUUGCAUCAAUCGAUUUUAAUCGAUUAUUAAACAAGGAAAUUUCACCACCAUUUAAGCCUGCUGUGACAACUAUCGAUAGUACAUUGUACUUUGAUCCAGAAUUUACAAAAAGAACUCCAAAAGAUUCACCAGCGGUGCCACCAUCGGCCGCAGCUCAUGAACUUUUCCGUGGUUUCUCCUUUGUUUCGCCGGCUGUGGUCGAUGAAAAGAAGGAUGAGAAAAAAGUGCGCACAAUCCCUACAGCGAAGACGCAUCCCAUCACCGAUGACUACAUUUUGAAAGAGGAAGUUGGCACUGGUACGUUCUCGGUUGUGCGACGAUGUGUAAUGAAAACGAGUAAAAGGGAAUUUGUAGUUAAGAUUAUCAAAAAAUCCGCUUGUGAUCCUUCUGAAGAGGUUGAUAUCCUUUUACGUCACGGACAUCAUCCGCAUAUUGUAAAGCUAUUCGAUGUUUAUGAAGAUGAAGCGAAUGUGAAUCUUGUGUUGGAAUACUGUAGGGGUGGCGAAAUGCUGGACAAAAUCUUGUCCAAAAAGACCUUCAGCGAAAGGGACGCGGCCGCUUCUAUGGCUAACCUAGCCAAUGCUGUAUGUUACCUUCAUUCGAAUCAAGUGGCCCACCGUGAUUUGAAACCGUCCAACAUAAUGUAUGCAUCUCCUUCAUGUGAAGCCGACUCGCUGAGAAUUAUCGACUUUGGAUUUGCUAAGCAAUCCCGAGCUGAAAAUGGAAUGCUCAUGACACCCUGCUAUACAGCUCAAUUUGUUGCGCCCGAGGUCCUGAAACGACAAGGAUACGAUAGAUCUUGCGACGUCUGGUCAUUAGGAGUCCUACUGUAUGCAAUGUUAUCUGGACAGACACCAUUUGCCAUGGGACCGAAUGAUCCCGCGGACGAGAUUCUGAAACGUGUUGGAGAGGGACGAGUUGUCAUGGAAGGCAAACCUUGGACCGAGAUCAGUGAUAGCGCCAAAGACCUCGUCCGCAAACUGCUUGACGUCGAUGCGUCGAAAAGGCCCACAGCCAAACAAAUCCUUCAACAUCCUUGGAUUACGCAUCGCAACAGCAUACCAGCAAAUACUAUCAUAAACAAUGUAUACAAUGUGGAAUCUGUAAAGGGUGCAUUGGAGCAAACUUACCGUGCAUUGACUACCACAAGUGCCGUAAAUUUACGUCCGGUGAACGCGUCUGCACUAGCAAAGCGUCGCCUUACACAAUUGCCAAAAAUGGGCAUGUGCUCGUCUUGAGUGGAAAAUCCGUGUUACUGUAGCGGUGUUGAUCUUCCCACCAAGCUUUGAUUUCGCACAAUGUUAAUCAUUCGAUGUCGGAAUAAUUUUGAGUACUGCCGAGAAUAUUUUUGUUGUGAAUAAUUGCUGUAUGGGUAUCUGGGACAGCUCCGCCCCGUCGCUUUUGUCCAGGGGCGUGGUUAUCCCCAGCGUAUUUUUGAUGUUUGUGUACGUUGCGCAUUCCCUUUGAUGGUCUGUGAUGAAUUGAUUCUCCUUCACCACUUUUUUGCAUGCUAGAUUUUUUCCGUUUUUUUUUUGUAUAUUUUCCCUUAUAGCAGGAAAUUUUACCUUUCGCCGCUGCCUUUUGCAGUUUUUGUCUGCUUGAAAUCGAUUAUCGAUUGAUGAAUAGGUUUGGUGCCUCUAGUGUAAUUAUAUUAUUGUGAAUGAGCUUUACAAAUGACGUAUCACAAACGCGAGGUGUCUUCUCAUGAGCCCCCCCCCCUCUCCCUCCCUUGGCGGCAUCGCCUCGUGUUUACCCC